AUGGCCGAACAGUUAAAAAUUAACGUUCCUAUAACAAAUUUUACAAUUGAUUUCAGAAGAAACUGCAGAUCGGCAAGUGCUAUAAAGCGGAGCGAAACAAAAAGAAGCCUAUUAAACUCCUCACAAAAGCUGAACAGAAGUUUGCACAAGUUUAGCAGAGCUAUAUCAAUAGACCCAAGGCAGUUUAGGUCAAAAUCUUAUAACUCAACUCCUCCAGAGCCUUUAAGACCAGAGUGUUGGAGACAACCGUCAGCGAAAAUAAUGGCAAGCAGUAACAAAAAAGAGCAAAAAGAAACAAACCUUCAAUCUUUAUUAUCAAGCACGACAAAUCUAAUGAGAAAAUACACUUGUCUAGGAAAUAAAGUCAGCUUUACUCCAUUAAGCAACACAAUGAAAAAAAGCAACAUAAAAUACAUAGAAAAUCUGUGCAAUGUGACGAUGAAAGAAUUAGAAAAAAGGGACAAACUGAAAAUAAGCAUAGCACAGCAGUUAAUAAGGAUGAAUAAAAUAAAAGAGAAUUAUAAUGAUAAUGGAAGCUUGAGGGAAGAAAAUUGUAAUAUUUUGCAUUCACACUUUGGAAGGGAUAGUCCAAUGGUAUUUGUUUCAAGAAAGUCGCAGACAAGGAGUACAAGGAACAUUACAAGGGGGAAUCUAAAUUUUCAAUUGAAAAGUAAACUGAGGAUUUCUGGGGAAAAUGAAAAAUUUGGGGAACUGCAUCAAUUGGAUAAUUUAUAA